AUGCCCGGCCUCUACUGCCCCUCCAGCUGGACGCCGCUGCCGCUCACCGACUCCUGCGUGCGGGCCUGCGCCAACGGCCCCUGCCUCAGCCUGCGGGCGCGACUCACCUACCGCAACCCGCAGCCGCAGCCGGUGGACGGCGUCUUCGUGUACCCUCUCGCCGAAGCCGAGGUAGUGUCGGGCUUCGAGGCCGAGGCGGCCGGACGGCGCGUGUCCUUCCAACUGCAGAGCCGGCGCCGCUCUCAGGCCGCCUGCUGCCGCGCGCUGGGUCCCGGGUCGGGGGCGUCCACGCCCCGCCGCUGCGCGCAGGGUCAUCUUGUCUUGGAUCUGGCCCAGGCCCGGUCCACACUGGUGCUGCCCACAGGCCUUAUCGCCGCAGCUGGCACCAUGACAGUGACCCUGAGCAGCAGCCGGGAGCUCCCCUCCAGGCCUGAUGGGGUGCUACGUGUGGCGCUGCCCACUGUGCUCACCCCAUUGGCCUCAGCAGGCCCGCCAGGGCCCCCCAGGCCUCCGGGGCUCUGUGACGACAGCCCCACCAACUGCUUCGGGGUGGGCAGCCCUCAAGAGGAUGGGCCAACCUUUGUGGAGCCGACUGCCCCUCCAGAUGUGUUCUCAGGCCCUGCCCGCUGCCCUGCCCCCUAUACCUUCUCCUUCGAGAUGUUGGUGACCGGUCCCUGCCUGCUGGCAGGCCUGGAGAGCCCCUCACAUGCCCUGCGGGCAGAUGCUCCACCUCAUGCCAGCUCUGCAGCCACCAUCUGUGUCACGCUGGCUGAGGGACACCCAUGUGAUAGGCCCUUGGAGAUCCUGCUGCACCCCAGUGAGCCGCACCAGCCACACUUGAUGUUGGAGGCCGGCAGCCUGAGCUCCACAGAAUAUGAAGCCCAGGUGAGGGCCCGCCGGGAUUUCCAGAGGCUGCAGCAACGGGACAGUGAUGGGGACCAGCAGGUAUGGUUCCUGCAGCGCCGAUUCCACAAGGAUAUCCUGCUAAACCCUGUGCUGGUGCUGAGCUUCUGCCCGGACCUGAGCUCUGGCCCUGGACACCUGGGCACAGCUACUCGGGAGCUGCUCUUCCUGGUGGAUGGCAGCAGUGCGGCUCACAAGGAUGCCAUUGUGCUGGCCGUGAAGUCCCUCCCACCUCAGACACUUGUCAACCUGACCGUGUUUGGGACAUCCGUGCAGCCGCUCUUCCCUGAGAGCCGGCCCUGCAGCGAUGACACCGUGCGGCUGAUCUGUGAGAGCACUGAGACCCUGCAGGCAGUGCAUGGUCCCCCAGAUGUGCUGGCUGCGUUAGACUGGGCCCUGGGGCAGCCCCAGCACAGGGCCCACCCUCGGCAGCUCUUCCUGCUCACCGCCGCUGCACCUGGAGCUGGCACCACCCACCAAGCCCUGGAGCUCAUGAGGUGGCACCGGGGGGCAGCCAGGUGCUUCUCUUUUGGGCUGGGAGCCGCCUGCCGCCAGCUGCUCCGGGGAUUGGCCAUGCUCAGCAGGGGCACGGCCCACUUCCUGCGGCCAGGGGAGAGGCUGCAACCUGCGAUGGUGCAGGCUUUGCGGAAGGCCCUAGAGCCGGCUCUCAGUGACAUCUCUGUGGACUGGUUUGUGCCUGAUGCUGUGGAGGCUCUGCUCACGCCGCGGGAGAUCCCAGCUCUGUACCCUGGGGACCAGCUGCUCGGCUACUGUUCGCUGUUCAAGGUGGAUGGCUUCCGGACCCGCCCUCUGGGGGGUCAAGAGCCUGGCUGGCAGAGCUGCGGUGGCUCGGUGUUCCCAUCCCCAGAGGAGGUGCCAUCUGCCACCAGCCCUGGCACUGAGCCCACUGGGACCUCCGAGCCAUCAGGAACAGGCACUGUGUCUGCAGAGCUGUCCUGCCUGUGGGCUGCUGGGGACUCGAAGCCCAGCACAGACGCUCUGACAGACCCAGUCACAGACCCGGGACCCAACCCCUCCUCUGAUACAGCCAUAUGGCGCCGCAUCUUCCAGUCCUCCUACAUCCGGGAGCAGUAUGUGCUCACUCACUGCUCCGCCAGCCCUGAGCCAGGCCCAGGCUCCACCGGGAGCAGCGAAUCCCCGGGCUCCCAGGGCCCCGGCUCUCCAGAGGGCACGUUUCCUCUGGAUCCCCCUUCUCAGCAGGGCUGCCGCAACCUGGCCUGCGGGGAACCUGCAGGCUCCCGAUCCUGCCCCCUGCCCGUACCCCCACAAGCUCCAUUCAAGGCAGGAGCCCUGAGUGCUGAGGUGCUGGGCCGUCGGCACAGAGCAGCCCUGGCUGGUCGAAGUCUCUCGUCCCCCACAGGUCGGGCAAACUACAUGCCUGGCCAACCUCAGCAUCCAUCUCUGGGUGCAGUGCCAGAUGGGGCUGGCCCAGAGCCAGGCCAACAGCUGGGUCAGGGCCUGGAUGACUCAGGAAACCUUCUUUCCCCUGUCCCCAUGGACUGGGACAUGUUGAUGGAGCCACCCUUCUUGUUUACGGCUGUGCCCCCCUGUGAGGAGUCAGUCCCUCUGGCCCCGGCCAAGGCUGAGCAGCUGCCCCCUGAGCCUCCCCGGUGCCAUGUGGUGAUCCAGGGCCUGUGUGGGGAGCAGCCUGUGUGCUGGGAGGUGGGCAUUGGGCUUGAGACACUGUGGGGGCCUGGGGAUGGCUUGUGGCCUCUGUCGCACCCUGGAAGAGAAGCUGCCUGGGACCAAGCCCUCCACCGGCUGACAGCAGCCUCUGUGGUUCGGGACAAUGAACAGCUGGCUCUCCGAGGAGGGGCUGACACUGCAGCUGACCGGGGCCAGGCACGGAGGUCCUUGCUCCGAGCCCUUCAGACCAGCAAGGUCAGUUUGGCCCCCUCCUGCUUCACUUGCCCUGUCGCUGUGGACGCCACCACCAGGGAGGUCCUGCCUGAGGCCCUGCAGGUGCGGAGCUCAGAGCUAGCGGAGCCCCCUUCCACCUCUCGGGGCCUAGAUGCAGCUCUUCUGCCCACAGCCGGCACCUCUGAAGGCGUCCUGGACCUGGACCACAACUCUCAGCCAGCUUCAGGGGAGCCCGUGAUGCCCACGGGAGGUUCUGGCCGCCCACCGCCUUCCAGACUCAGCCUGGGCCGCCAUCGCAAACCCUGCAGCCAGGAAGCAGGCCAGGCCGGUGCGAGCCACAGUGAAGGCAGCGACCACGACUACCUGCCCCUGGUGCGGCUGCAGGAGGCGCCCGGCUGCUUCCGCCUGGACGCGCCCUUCUGUGCAGCCGUGCGCAUCCCGCGGGAGCGCCUGUGCCGCGCCUCGCCCUUCGCGGCACACCGCGCCAGCCUCAGCCCCACGUCGGCCUCGUCCCCCUGGGCGCUCCUGGGCCCCAGCCUGGGCCAGGGCGACAGCGCCACGGCCUCCUGCAGCCCGACGCCCAGCUCAGGCUCCGAGGGUCCGGGUCAAGCGGACAGCGGCCGGGGCUCUGACACCGAGGCCUCGGAAGCGGCGGACGGGCCGGCCGGCGCGGACCUGCGGGGUCGCAGCUGGGCCACGGCCGUGGCGCUCGCGUGGCUGGAGCAUCGCUGUGCGGCCGCCUUCGGUGAGUGGGAACUGACAGCGGCCAAGGCUGACUGCUGGCUGCACGCACAGCACCUGCCAGACGGCCUCGAUGUGGCCGCACUCAAGGCCGCCGCCCGCGGGCUCUUCCUGCUGCUGCGCCACUGGGACCAGAACCUCCAGCUCCACCUGCUGUGCUACAGCCCUGCCAAUGUGUGAGGCCCUGCGGUGGCCCCAACACUCAGUCACUGCCGCCCAGGGUCGGCCUCCCACUACUGGGAACAGGUGGGCUGGUGCCAGUCCACCCUCUACUGCUUCUCACUUCUCCCUCAAUGCCCCAGCCUGAAAAGUGCCUGCUGUGCUCUCU